CACACCAGCCAGGGCUCUGAUUUCUUUCUUUUUUUCUAAUGAGCUGAAGAGCCUAUGCCGUACGGAAACAUCAUGUACGACAGAAGGGUGAUCCGGGGCAACACUUACUCUCUACAUAAAGAGCUGUCGCACGGGCAGGCCAGCGACGAGCGAGUGCAGAGGCAGCAGCUGGCGAAGAAGAGGGGCGCCGCCAGGAAACGGACCCAGGAGCAGCUCAGGCCGCGGACGCCGGAGCCCGUGGAGGGCAGGAAGCACGUGGACGUGCAGACAGAAUUAUACCUUGAAGAAAUUGCUGACCGCAUAAUAGAAGUUGAUAUGGAAUGCCAAACAGAUGCAUUUUUGGACAGACCACCAACACCACUCUUUAUUCCUGCCAAAACUGGCAAAGAUGUGGAUACCCAAAUACUAGAAGGAGAGCUCUUUGACUUUGACCUUGAAGUUAAGCCGAUGUUAGAAGUUCUGGUGGGAAAGACCAUUGAGCAGGCUCUUCUGGAAGUGAUGGAGGAGGAGGAGCUGGCUAACCUGCGGGCCAGUCAGCACGCCUACGAAGAGCUGCGCAACGUCGAGCUCGCCGAAGUCCAGAGGCUUGAAGAGCAGGAGAGACGACACCGAGAGGAAAAAGAGCGGCGGAAGCAGCAGCAGUGGGAAGUCUUGAACAAGCACAAGGAGACGGAGCAGAAGAUCGCCGCCCGGGCCUUCUCGCAGCGCUACCUGGCCGACCUGCUCCCCUCCGUGUUUGUCAGCCUCCGGGAGGGGGGCUACUUUUUUGAUCCCGUUGAAAGAGAUAUUGAGCUAGGAUUCCUUCCGUGGCUAAUGAAUGAAGUUGACAAAACCAUGGAACACAGCAUGGUGGGAAGGACAGUGCUUGACAUGUUGAUCCGAGAAGUGGUUGACAGGAGACUGACAAUGUACGAGCAAAAGGCGGCCAAGCAUCAGCCCCUGAACCCCGAGGACGGGCUCGGCGGUCCUGGAGCAGUGAGACACCCGUCAGUGGGGCAUGACUUCCAGGAGCAAAGUACAUCACAGGCACAGAGGCCGCUGCCAAACCCAGACUCCCUGCAAAGGCCGUCCUAUGAUGGAAGGCCUGAAGAGAGGCUGUCGUCCCAAGAAAGGAAGCUAAUCGAAAAAGAGAAAGAAGACGAGGAGCCGAUAGAGCUGAAGAGGUCCUUAGGGAGGGAGGAACAGCUGCAAUCCCGGGGAUCCUGGGAGGCUUGACAUGGCCCACAGCCCACCAGCCCUGCAAGCAACCAGGUAAUGGCGGCAGGCCCCUCAGGCUCUGCAGGUUAUGUUGAAUUUAGGCAAUGGGUCUUUUUGUCUAAUGGACUUGGCAAAUCGAAUAUGUUGAAAUAAUAAAACUAAUAAUAAGUGAAACUUAAAUACUUCAUUUAUUUAAUAGUAGAAUAUCUAAAAGUUAUAACCCUAAUGAGAAUUAUGCUUAAUUACAAGUUCCCCAUUAUCGCUAUAUAUAACUAAAGAAGUCUUUUAAAAAAAAAAUGUUACAACUAGGAUAUCACUACCGUUAAAAGGUAUUGGUAAUGGUAUUGGAUUGGUGUCUAUAAUUCUUACUUUGAAUUAGGGCAUAUUUAUCUUUGUGUUUUAGUGACAUUAACUUACAAAUUAAAAUGUAAUAAGUUGAUAGUUUAAAUGAUAUUUUUCUUUUUUUCAUAAAUCAUGAAAAUAGCAUAACUGAAAUAUAUGAGUUAAAAGGUACAAUAAUGAUAUUAUGUUUGCUUAUAAAUAAAAUCAAUCAAGACACUUAAAA